AAAGGCUAAGAUAUAUGCUGGUCUUGCUGUUGUUGCUGCAUGGUACAGACUCUUUCUAUGUACCUGGCGUGGCUCCUAUCAACUUCCACCGCAAUGAUCCUGUAGAAAUAAAGGCUGUGAAGCUCACCAGCUCGCGAACCCAGCUACCAUACGAGUACUACUCGUUGCCCUUCUGCCAGCCCGCCAAGAUAACGUACAAGGCUGAGAAUCUUGGUGAGGUUCUUCGGGGGGACCGAAUUGUAAAUACACCUUUCCAGGUUUCCAUGAACGUGGAGAAGAAAUGUGAAGUUCUGUGCAACUUGCCCAAUAAGCCGGUCACUCUGACAGUGGAGCAGAGCAAGCUGAUCGCCGAGCGGAUCAGGGAAGAUUACUACGUCCAUCUCAUUGCUGAUAACCUCCCUGUGGCAACACGGCUGGAGUUUUAUUCCAAUCGUGAGGAAGAGGAGAAGAAGAAGGAGAAGGAUGUGCAGUUCGAGCAUGGCUACAGGCUUGGGUUUAUGGACGGUAACAAGUUCUACCUGCACAACCACCUCUCCUUCAUCCUUUACUACCACAGAGAGGAUGUGGAAGAAGACCAGGAGCCCACCUACCGGGUUGUGCGCUUUGAAGUGAUUCCCCAAAGUAUUAAACUAGAAGACUUGAAGGCUGAUGAGAAGAGUAUGUGCACCCUGCCUGAAGCCACGGGCUCUGCCCCUCAGGAAAUAGAUCCUUCUAAAGAGAACCAGUUGCUCUUCACCUAUUCUGUCCGCUGGGAGGAAAGUGACAUUAAAUGGGCUUCCCGCUGGGACACCUACCUGACCAUGAGCGACGUGCAGAUUCACUGGUUUUCUAUCAUUAACUCGGUCGUGGUCGUCUUUUUCCUUUCAGGUAUUCUCAGCAUGAUCAUCAUCCGGACUCUCCGGAAGGACAUUGCUAACUACAACAAGGAAGAUGACAUUGAAGAUACUAUGGAGGAAUCUGGUUGGAAACUUGUGCAUGGAGAUGUCUUCAGGCCUCCGCAGUAUCCUAUGAUCCUCAGCUCUCUCCUGGGUUCUGGAAUUCAGCUCUUCUGUAUGAUCCUGAUCGUCAUCUUUGUUGCUAUGCUGGGGAUGCUGUCGCCUUCAAGCCGGGGCGCGCUGAUGACUACCGCCUGCUUUCUCUUCAUGUUCAUGGGGGUUUUUGGUGGAUUCUUUGCUGGCCGCUUAUACCGGACUCUGAAGGGACAUCGAUGGAAGAAGGGAGCCUUUUGUACAGCUACCCUGUAUCCGGGGGUCGUCUUUGGCAUCUGCUUUGUCCUGAACUGUUUCAUCUGGGGGAAACACUCCUCUGGAGCGGUAGGUGCCACCUUUCCUCACUUCUGUGAUACCAUGGUGGCCUUGCUCUGCAUGUGGUUUGGGAUCUCCUUGCCCUUGGUCUACCUGGGUUACUACUUUGGGUUUCGCAAACAGCCGUACGACAAUCCCGUCCGGACCAAUCAGAUUCCCAGGCAGAUCCCGGAGCAGAGGUGGUAUAUGAAUAAAUUUGUGGGGAUUCUCAUGGCUGGUAUUCUGCCUUUUGGAGCUAUGUUCAUUGAACUGUUCUUCAUUUUCAGUGCGAUCUGGGAGAACCAGUUCUAUUACCUCUUUGGCUUUCUCUUCCUGGUGUUUAUAAUCCUGGUGGUGUCGUGCUCCCAAAUCAGCAUUGUCAUGGUGUACUUCCAGCUUUGUGCUGAGGAUUACCGCUGGUGGUGGAGGACCUUCCUGGUGUCCGGGGGAUCUGCCUUCUAUGUGCUGAUCUAUGCCAUCUUCUACUUCGUGAACAAGCUGGAUAUUGUCGAGUUCAUUCCCUCCUUACUCUACUUUGGCUACACCGCCCUGAUGGUCCUGUCCUUCUGGCUCCUCACUGGCACCAUUGGCUUCUAUGCAGCCUACAUGUUUGUCCGGAAGAUCUAUGCCGCGGUGAAAAUAGACUGAAGGUGCACAGACCCAGCGGAAAGCAGACGCCUCCGAAUGCGUGUCCUCCUGGGAGCGAGGGGGACAUCUCCCAGCUCUUCUAAGGAAACAAAAUCCAGCGGGAGAGUGACAAGAGAAAUAAAUAACUCCUCGGUUUGGAAUGUAACUUUGGCACAGUGUACAUGGAUUCUGGGCUACUUCUGGGGGGAAAAGGGGUCUGUAGAUACCUUACAUUUUAACUUUACUAUCCUGUUCCAUAUUUGAGGGAGUUUUUUAGCAGAGAAAUAUCCCUCUGUAUAAGUAAACCCCCUUUUUGCUAAUUCAUCCUUUUUUUUUUUUUUUAUGUUGAUGACGAAUGGAUUUGAGACAGCAGUGGAAACACUUGUGAAAAUGUUUUCUUCCAG